AUGGCGGCGCCCAGUGAGAGGGGUUGGAACUGGUUGGUGCCGCUUGCCUUCGGUGUGACCCUGUUAAAGUGUUUACUUAUUCCUGCUUAUCAUUCAACAGACUUUGAAGUCCACAGAAACUGGCUGGCAAUUACUCACAGUUUACCUAUUUCACAGUGGUAUUAUGAAGCAACUUCGCAAUGGACUUUGGACUAUCCACCAUUUUUUGCAUGGUUUGAAUACCUACUGUCUCUCAUUGCGCAAUAUUUCGACAAGGAAAUGUUGGUUGUCCAGAACCUUAAUUAUGCCAGUGAUGCAACAAUUCUAUUUCAGCGACUUUCAGUCAUCAUCAUGGAUAUCGUACUUAUUUAUGGAGUACUGGAAUGUUGUAAGUGUGUUAAUAGAAGAAAAGAAUCAAAGGAAAUAAUGGAAAGACCAGCAUUUAUACUUGCAGUGCUGUUACUUUGGAACUUUGGAUUAUUGAUUGUUGAUCAUAUUCACUUUCAAUACAAUGGUUUGUUAUUUGGUGUCAUGCUUCUUUCCAUUGCAAGGAUGUUUCAGGAAAGACAUUUGGAAAGUGCACUACUCUUUGCAAUCCUGAUGAACUUUAAGCACAUUUUUCUUUAUGUGGCUCCUGCCUAUGGUAUUUACCUACUACGUUCAUACUGCUUCACUGAGAACAAGCUAGGUGGAUCUAUCCAGUGGAAGAGUUUCAGUUGUUCCCGUCUUUUUGCCUUGGGAUUUAUAGUCUUCUCUGUUUUUGCAGUUUCUUUUGGGCCCUUCAUAUCCAUGGGUCAGCUGUCUCAGGUGCUUACAAGACUAUUCCCCUUCAAGCGAGGUCUCUGUCACGCAUAUUGGGCCCCAAAUUUCUGGGCUCUGUACAAUGUGGUGGACAAAAUAUUGUCUGUCAUUGAUGUAAAGUUACAACUGCUGGAUCCUGCCAGGCUUUCAAAGGCAUCAAUGACAGGAGGCUUAGUGCAGGAGUUCCAGCAUGCUGUCCUACCGUCUGUGUCACCGUUUGCAACGCUGGUCUGUACUUUGCUCUCAAUAAUGCCUGCUGUUCUCCAACUUUGGUUAAGACCUCGAGGACCUAGAGGGUUCCUUCAAUGCCUCAUCCUUUGUGCAUUGGGGUCAUUCAUGUUUGGCUGGCACGUACAUGAAAAGGCCAUUCUCAUCGCCAUUCUACCUCUGAGUUUGUUAGCUGUGGAAAAUACAAAAGAUGCUGGAACGUACCUUAUUUUAGCCACAACAGGGCAUUUUUCCCUCUUCCCACUCCUCUUCACAGGACCAGAGAUGCCAAUUAAAAUCGGUCUCAUGCUGCUGUUCACUAUAUAUAGUUUCUCUGCUCUGCAAGCUUUGUUCAGGAGAGAGAGAUCACUUACAAACCUACCAGAAUCCAUCUACCUCAGCGGUCUUAUUCCUCUGGAAGUUAUUUGUGAGAUCAUUUAUCCCCUAACAGCAUGGCAGCAGAGAUUUCCCUUUGUGCCACUGUUGCUCAUCUCUGUAUACUGUUCACUCGGAAUUACCUACUCUUGGAUUAAACUGUACAUUUCAGUCCUGACAGAGCCAGGAACUGACAAGAAGAUGAAAGCACAAUAGUUAAUGGAUUAGUUUUCACACUUUACUCAGAAAUGUGAAUGUGUUGUUAGCUUGGAGUUAAAGUAUGCAAAUCAUGGGCCCAUUAAAGGAAUCACAUCCUGGAUAGAAUAUAAGAAUCAUGGAUGAAAGACAUAUUCCAGUCUUGAGGCCUUUGCAGCUGGGAUAGAGACCUUAUUUUGCUACAGAUUGCAAAAACAUUAGUGCUGGGAAUGGGAUGACAUUUCAAACAUUGAUGUACUUUCAGUACCUUUAACAAUAAUGGCCCAGUAAUAUGAUGUUUCGGUUAAUUUUGUUAACUUGAAAAAUUGUCUCCUGGUAAUUAAAGACUUGUUCUUUUCCUUUUGAUUAAUGAAAUUCUUGUGAUCCUACCAACAAUUGGUGUCAAAUGUUUUCACGUUAUUUUGUAACAAAAAAAUCAUUCCAUGGUGACCAUUAAUGUUAGAAUUAUAAUGAAACUGAAUUGUUAAAUAUAAAAUAUAGUAUCACUUCUAUGAGAACUGCAAUAACUUCUCUUUAAGUUGAGGUAUACCAUAAAAUGUAGGAACAAAGUAGGUCAUUCAUCCCAUUGAAUCUGAUCUGCCAUUCAAAAGGAUCAUGGUUGAUCCAAACUGAUGAUUCUCAACCGUAAUUUCCUGCCUUUACCCCAUAUCCUUGAUUCCUAUCUCGGCUUUGAAUGUUCUGAAGGACCCAGUCUCAACAGCCCUCUGUGAUAAAGAACUCUGCAGAUACGCUAGCCUCUAUCAGAAAUAAAUCCUCAUCUUCUCUAUCUUAAAUGGCUAACCUCUUAUUUCUGAGAUUUUAUCCUCUGGUCGUACACUCUCUCAGGCCUCCUCUCACUUCUAAACACAAAGGAGUACAAUCACAGACUACUCAAUAUCUCCUCAAAAGAAGAUCCUUCUAUGCCUGGAUUCACUCCUCCUUCGAACUGCUUCCAAUGCCAGUACAUCUUUGCUUAGAUAAGGACCCAAAACUGUUUACAGUAUUCUAGGGAAGGACUGACUCGUGCCUUGCAUAGUUUCAGCAGUACUUCCCUAUUUUUAUCUUUGAUUCAUUUCAAAAUAAAGGCCAACAUUCCAUUUAUGCUGGUAUUUUGUUAUUCACAGACAAACCUCAUAUCCCAGUGUGCUGCAGUUUUUAUCCAUUUGAAUAAUAAUCACCUCCUCUAUUCUUCCUGCCAAAGUAUAUAAACUUAAACUUUUCAACAUGUUCCAUGUGCCACCUUUCACUCAUUCACCUAACCUGCCCAUACCUCUCCGUAGGUUCUUUGUGUCAUCCUCACCACUUGCUUCCUAUUUACACUUGUGUCAUCUGCAAACUUGGCUGUACUACAUUCACGCUCCUCAUCCAAGUCCUUAAUAAAUAUUAUAAAUAAUUGUGACUCUAGCACUAAUCUCUGUAGUACUCCACUAGUAACUGGUUGGCAUCCUGAAAAAUGCCCCCUUUAUCCAAGUCUGUCUUCUAUCACCCAAACGCCACAGGCUCUUAUUAUUCUGUUGUCUUUAGUGCGGUAUCUCAUUGAACAACUUUUGAAAAUCUACAUAUGUUCCAUCUACUGGUUCCUCUUUAUGUUGCUGUUACCUCCUCAAAAAAUUCCAAUAUAUUUGUCAGGCAUGAUUUCCACUUCAUGAAGCCAUGUUGACUCUGCUAGGUUAUAUUUCUAGUGCUCCACUUUUACAUCCAUUAUAAUAGACUCUAACAUUUUCCCAAUGACAAAUGUGAAGUUAACUAGUCUAUAGUUACCUAUUUUCGGUCUCUGUCCCUUUUUGAAUAUAGCUGUUACAUUGUUUGUUAACUUUUAAAUCUUCUCAGUCCUCUGAUUUACUAUUGAUCUGUCAUAUUUGAUGUUUGUUCAUUUCAGUCUUUAACUUUCUCAGUUAGCCAGCUCCCCGAUGUCUAUUUAUCUCUUUCCUAGAAUUCUUCACUUUUUUAAACUGUGAAUGAUAAGUUCUAUCAUGUUAUAGCACUAUUUCCUAGGGUAUCUCUUACUUAUACAUGAACCCUGCCUCAUGAAACAUUACAGAUCCAAAUAGCAGGAUUGCUGGCUAGGUCCAUAUUGUUCCAGGAAACUACCCUGAAUACUUCCUCAGAAUAUCUCCUGAUGGCUACCGAUACCAACUUGAUUUUCUCAAUCUACAUGAAGAUUGAAGUUAUUUAUGAUUAAUGAACUGUCUUUUUCAAAUGCCCUCAUUAUCUCCUGAUUUAUUCCCUGUCCUACAGAACAGCCACUGUUAAGGGGCCUAUGGACUACACUGUCUCUCCUUCCCUUUGUUACUACUUAUCUCUACCCAUGGGAAAUCUAUUCUUCCAAUCCAAGAUCAUUUCUUACUCUUGUACUUAUUCUAACCUGUACUGACAAAGUUAUCCCACCCAACUUUCCUUCCAGCUUGUCCUUUUGAAAAGUCAUAUACUCUUGAAUAUUUAGUUCCCCGUUUUGGUCUCCAUAAUGUCUGUCAAAUCAUUCCUGAAUUUGUGAUAAUUCAUUUAUUAUGUUCUGAAUACGACAUACAUUAACACACUGACGUUAAUUUUGCCUUUUUAACCAUCUCUCCUCGACAUUGUAUUUGUAUUUGCUGCUUUUUUAAUGGUUGUACACAUCCCUUGUUACCUGAGUGUUAUUUAUUACCUAAAUGGCAACCAUGCAAUGUUGUCAUAUCCUUUCUCUUUGUAUGCCUAUGUAUUCCCCUCUCCAGAAACAUCCAUUACUAAUUAGUUUAAAGCUCUCUCUGCAGCCCUGAGUUGUUCAAUUUGUUAGGGCACUAGUGAACCCCUGUUCCACUGGAACAUUCCCCUUCUACCCAAGUACUGAUAUCAACGCAGCAUGAAAUCCAUUGCAUUCACACCAGUCUUUAAGCCAUGCAUUUAACUCCAAUUUUAUUAACCCAAAAAAAAACUGCAGAUGCUGUAAAUCAGAAAUAAAAAUGGAAAUUUUGGAAAGGUUCAGCAGGAAUGGCAGCAUCUGUGGACAGAAAUCACAAUUAACGUUUUGGGUCAAGUGACCCUUCCUCAAACUUUACCCUAUACUAGUUUGCCUGUGUCUCGUGUGACAUUUAUGAGAUGAUUACCUUGGUGGUUCUGUUUUUCAGCUUUGCUCUGAACUGUUGGAAAUCUUGCAGUAGAACCUCCUUUCUAGUGCUGUCAAUGUCAUUGGCAGGUGGAUGGUGAUAUCUAGAUAUCUUCUCUUUCCAAGUUCCUCUCCCACCCCAGGAGAUGUCCUUAACCCUAGCACAGGCAGCUAAUACAGUCUUUGAGAUUCUCACUUAUGGCUGUAGAGAACAGUAUCUAUUCACCUAUUAUGCUGGCCUUUACCCCUGUAACAUUACUAUUGCCUCCUGCCACUUGAAUGGCUCCCUUGUAACUGUUGAGCAAUUGCUAUGAAAAUAAAAACCUUGCUCUCAGCUGAUAAUUACAGCUUUUAUACAGUAGUUUAAUGCCAGCCACAAUCUGUUUUAGGCUGAAUUAAGUUUGUACAAAUUAAAUGUUUAGACUUAAACUGGAUCUCCUCAGUUCUGAGGAAGAGCCAUCGGACCCAAAAUAUUAACUCUGCCAGGCGCUGCCAGAUCUGCUGAGCUUUUCCAGCAAUUUGUUUGUUUUGGUUUAUACCAGUCUGUUGUUUGUUGAACAUUUUUUGAGAAAGCUCUUGUGAUGUGUUAAUGAUUAGUUUUUCUUGAGAACCAAAUAUAUUUAUGAAAUCAGUUGUGUUUGUUUCCAUUAACUUGCAAGCAUUAUGAAUUGUAAAUGUAACAUGGAGAGGUGUUUAUUUUACGAAGACAAAAUCCUGUGGUUGAAAUGGAAUCGUGGAGUAACUGCAAUCUUAAAAAAAAAGUUUCUUAAGAAUGUAGUAAAUUUAUUUUCUUAUGUAUAAAGGACUAGGCAUGAAUUAGAAAUGUCUGAUAAACACUUGGAA